GUGCGUGGCGUGUUGUGUAUGUACACAAAACCGCCUGCGCCUCGUGUCUCGUGUUGGGCAUAAUACACACUCAUGGAGAAUGUUUGUGUUUGCUUGAGAUGUGUGCCUCAGUUUUUCAGCUUUUUGCUCCGAACUUUACCCAAGUUUUUUAACACCGAACUGUCGUGCAUGUGAUUGAUCCAUCAUGGGGAUCGACAGCAACAACCGGGCGGGCAGUGGUGCAGCCUACUCCCGCUUUGCCGAAGAAAUGGACAUAGACUCAGUCAACCUGAGCAUGCGUGGCCCGCUCUCCAAAUCCCAGGGCCUGAAAGGCUUCUGUCUGAACAAUUGGAAGACACUGAUCGUGCUCCUCAUUGCUAUCCUGUGUUUUGGCAUCGGAAUCAUCUUGGGACACUUCAUUGCUUCGUCUUGUGUGGUCAAAUCCAGCACAAACGGAAUUCAUAAAAACGAGACACUGGGGCCCGACAUGGGAAGUGCUACAAUGGGCCCUACAACAAGUGCUACCUCGUCAUCAAAACCAGACUAUUUAGCAAUGAUUAACGGAUUGAUUCAGACGUCUAGCCUUCAAGCCAAUUUAAGGACGUAUACGAAUGGACCUCACCAUGCUGGAUCACAAGGAAAUCUAGACCUAGCCGCUAAAAUCUAUGAUACGUGGAGGGGCUAUGGCUUCGACGUUUACACAAAAAAUUACAGUGUUUUAUUGUCAAGACCUAGCACAGCGGAUCCAAACAGUAUUGAAAUGUACAACACGGCAAAUCCGACGGACAAAGAUUCAUUUCUACUUGAACUUGACGAUACAGAUUUGUCAGGCAUGCUCAAACCGUUCGCAGUCUACGGAUCAAACGCUUCAAUAACGGAGGAUCCCGUCUAUGUCAACUUUGCGACAACGGAGAAUUUUGACAAGUUGCUGCAUGAAGCAGGUGUCAAUUAUGCCGGCCACAUUUGCCUGGCCAGAAUGGGACGGAUCUCACUCGCUCAAAUGGCAGAGAUCAGCAAGGACCGUGGCUGUAUCGCCCUGGUGGCAUUCCCCGAUCCCAACUUUUACGCUAACCCGACAUCUCCAGCAAACUCCUUCCCCAACACUUGGUGGCUCCCUACCAAUGCGAUACCUCGCGAGUCGGCUCGGCUCAGCAUGGGAGAUCCCUCCACUCCCUUCUUUCCGUCGUAUGAUAUGGCGCCUCGCAAACCCCUCACCUCAGUUGAAGACUUUCCAGUUCAGACAAUCAGCUUCGCCACGGCAAAAAAAAUCCUUGCUAAGAUGGCCAAUCCUCCAGCCACUGAAGAUUGGAUCAUUGAUGCGCCGGAAAUUUUCGUUGGGCCAGGCUUUCACGUUGCAACCCAGCACUUGAGGCUCAAUAUCUACAACACGUUGAGUUUGACUAAUAUCACCAAUGUCAUUGCUACUAUCCCAGGAACUAAAGAACCAGAUCGCUACGUGAUCAUCGGCAACCAUCGUGACUCCUUUUCACAAGGUGUUGUGAGUCCUGGGACGGGUACAGCUUGUCUGAUGGAGGUAGCUAAAGUCCUGUCUGAGUUGACGAAGCAAGGAUGGCGACCAAGACGAACUAUUCUCCUGGCGAGCUGGGAUGCAGGGGAAGACGGACUGAUCGGCUCAACUGAAUGGGUGGAAGAAAAUAUGGAGAAACUUCACUCGAGAGGCGUAGCUUACAUAAACCUGGACGAUGCGGUGACUGGUAACUACAGCUUUGCAGCUGCAGGGAGCCCUCUGUUGGCAGACGUCAUCUUUAAUGCUGCCAAGGAGGUGAACUGUCCUGAGCAAUCGCAUCACAACAUGAGCAUAUACGACGACUGGGCAUCCAGGAGACCAAUCAGCGCAACCAAUCAAAAGCCCCAGUUGGAUCCUCUUGGCAAGGCUAGCGACUCGGCUCCAUUUCUCAUGCUCGCUGGUGUCCCGUCGGUGGAUUUGCAAUACACUUACGAUGAGAAGUUCUACAAAGCACCUAAGUACCCGACCUACCGUACAUUGUGUGACAAGGCAGAGAACAUUAAUCUCUUCAUUGAUCCGGACUUUUCAAUCCACGCUGCCGUGACGGAAGUGGCAGCAAGGGUGCUCGUGACUUUGGCAGACACGACCCCACUUUCAAUGAAGGUGUGCGACUAUGCCGAUGCGUUGACCAGAUAUAUGCAGGAUUUCAAAGAUCAGUACGGGGCAAUGCUCCAAAGCAAAGGGAUAUAUUUAGAUGAGUUGGAAGCAGCUGUCAAGCAAUUUUCUGAAAUAGCAGAAUCUUUCCAACACUCGUUUGAUAACCCUAAUGAAAAUGAUGAGCUGAUUAUGAGAAGAAUGAACGACCACGUCAUGACAGUGGAAAGAGCUUUUCUUGUCAAUGAAGGACUACCACUCAAUCCAGAGUCAAGGCAUCUAAUUUACAGCGCUGAUGUGUCAUCAGUCUACAAAGGUGCAGCCUUUGGGCCUCUGGUCCAAAUGAUGGUCAUGGAGCAAGAACUCAAUCACUGGAACUAUGUUGAGGAAACACUUGGCUACACUGUGCUGGGUCUGUAUCAAGCCACAGAUAUUCUGCGAAAUAUGGCAUCAACAUGGUAACAUUUCAGUAAACUUCCAUCGAAAGCAGUGGUUUUUUUUCCCGUUUCCUUUUUUUUUUUGUCUACCGCCCCUUGAACAAAGACAUUGACAAAAUGGAGAACCGUUAACCUAAUGCGGGAUCGCUCAGUUGGUGGAGUACCAGAACGGCAAUCUGGAGGUCGCAGGUUCAUAUCCCACUCCAGUCAAUUUCUUUUUUCAACUUCAAUUUCUUUUGAUACCUUUUUAAACUUUUGUUUCCCAUCCAACAUAAUAUAUUACAUUUGCUGUAAAUAUGGAUUUGUUGAGAAGUAAUUUCUCAUUUUCUUUCAACAUGAAUGAAGACAGAUUUUGAAGUUUGCUUUUAUAAGUGGCUGAAUUUAAUUGCAAAUACAUUAUGAUACCGAUUUUUUCCUACAGCGGGAUAUUGUUAUGUUUGUUGCAAUGCUGUUGCCAGCUACAGGAAUCCUAUGUUUCAUUAUCAGAAAUAAUUAAUAACAGUAACAAUAACACUUUUGCAUUAGCCUGACCAGUCUCAGUCCAAUAAGAUCCAAUAAGCACAGGAGCUGUUGGAUUCUGUUGGAUUCUGUUGGAUUCUGUUGGAUUCUGUUGGAUU